AUGGGUGUAAUUGUCAGUGAAGAGAAUUUAAAUAAUGAAAAGCCAAUAGAGCAGUUGCUGAACUGGUAUCCCAAAUCUGGAAUCUUCUCUGCAGUGUUCUUGGCAAAAUUGCUGAAACGACUCUAUGGUGAAACAUCAUCAUCCUCUCUUGUUCAUACUUCAAGUAGAGAAGAGGAGGUGGUUCUUGAAAAUCUUGGAUCAAAAUCUAAAGAAAAGAAUUUGGAUAAUGUUCAGAUUUCAUCAGCAGAUGCUAGCACAUCAACUAAUACACCCUGUGAAUCAUUUCAAGGUAAUGAUGAUACAGUUAUGUAUCCAAGAAGAAUUUACACAGUGGAUCUUCCUCCAGAGGGUUAUGUUGCAGUUACUCCAGAUGCUCUUAGUAAGGCUAUUUCUGAAAACUCCGGCAGUAGUGCUGACUCAACAGAAGAAGAAUAUCAAGGGCAAACCAAGAGAAAGCGAAUUCGAAAGAAGAAACAAAAGAGCAGUUUACAAAUCUCUAGUAAUUUACAUGGAGAACAAACAGAUUUGGGAAUGCAAGAGACUGUUGUUCAAGAUAAUUUACAGCUGCAGCAAACAGACGGUCCCAAAAUAAGCAAAAACAAAAAGAGGAAAAUGAAAAAGAAGCGACAGAAAGAAAAGAAGAGAGCAGCUGGCUUAGUAACAAAAACUACCAGUCUGGAGUUUACAUAUCAGCCUGACAAAAACAACAAAGAAGAAGCAGCAGGCUUAAAAGACAUAGGUGAAAAGGCAGAUAGCAUUCUGGACUUCCUGCAGGCAACACAACAAAUCUAUUUUGCUGACAAGAAAUCAGAAUGCAGAGAUGCUGCUGUAAAUUCAGCAACUGCCCAAGAGCUCUUACAAUGUCUUGAAUUUCGCACCAUCUCUUCCUCAGAUGUGACUCAUCUGCAUCGGCUGAAAUCCCUUGUAUUGCUACAGGAUAUUGAGAGAUUGAAGGAUGCUUUGAAACAAUUCCAGGAACAGUCUAUGAUGUCUCCUGGGGCUGAAACUCUAGGAAGACUCAGAAACCAUGGUUAUUCCUCUCCGGAGAAUGACACCUGGGUAUAUAAGGUUGCUGCAGACUCAAGCUGCAGCAAAGAUGGUUAUCAGCCGGUCAGACACAGCGCUGCAGCGGGCGGCACUGCUCCUGGGAGUGUUCGGGAUCAGCAUAUCCAGCUACAGCACACACCAGCUAACUCAGACAAAAAGAUUCCCCCUGACCACCUAAGCUGUGUUAGCAUGUGACCCAAGAAGUCCAGGCUUAUGUCAAUACUGCUGAUGAGUGGCUUUUCUGCCCCUCUGAGCGCUCUGGAGGCAAUGAGACACUUUGCAGCUGUGAUUUCUACAUGCAAAGAUAAAUAGAUGGAAGAACUGCAGACUUCUUCAAGAAAGGAAAAAAAAAAUAAUAAUGGCUACCAGAAGCAUCAGAUUUCUAAAUAAGACAAACUUUCUGUAAAUACUAUGAACUUCUUUUGUUGUUCAGUGUAUACAUAGAGAUCUAAAGGUAUAAAAUACAGUGACAUUCAGAGUAGCUGUAAACAGACUAGUGUGGGUGCUGGGCUCUGGGAGCGUCCCUGCGUUGCAGCUUUUGCAAAUGACUCCAAUGCAAAGACUGUUUUUGCAAAGAAGUUAGAAGCAAUAUAUUUCCCAUGACAAGGGUUAGAACAAAUGAAAUUAAUCUCCCUUGGACUCCUUGCACUGUACAUCUGGGUAUUACAGAAUUUGUGCACUCUAGCUUUUUCUAUUAAACAUUUCUUGAUGCCUUUAGAGUAGCACUGUUUGUGUAUUGUGACACGAGCUGGUAGCCUGCUGUCACAGCCUGGAUGGCCACAGGCUACACCAGCCAUAUGGUGCUGGGAAGGGCCCAUGGCUCCAGACCAGAUAACUUCAUAGCUGCACAGAAACUCUCUGUUCUAGAAAGUAUCUGUAACAAUUUUGGGUUGGGUUACAUUGCAGAGUUCAAUAUCUGGCUGUAUUCUUCUGCAAAGUCAACUCAUCUCAUAACACACAUUCUGAUUAGAAUAGAAAUAGAGUUUGACCUUUUUCUCCUACUUCUCCCGUGUUUUCUUCUCAUUUGGUACAACUUAUUCAGGAAAGUUCUCUUACUAUUGGU